AUGGCUUCCGCAUCGAGAUCGCCUUCGCGCGACCGCUACCGCUCCCGCACCCGGUCUCUGACGCCGAUGUCCAACCGGUCACGUUCGCCAGCCCGCCGUCGCUCAUACGAUUCACGCUCCCCGUCUCGUUCUAGAUCACCCACGCCGCGACGAAGUGGCAGACACAGAACGGAGAGUCGCAGCCGCAGCCGCAGUCGUAGCGAUAGCCGAGGACGCUCUGCGAGCCCCUCAGUGAGGACUACCAAGAUUGUUGUCGAGCGUCUGACCAAAAAUAUCAACGUCGACCACUUGGAGGAAAUCUUUGGCCAAUACGGACGUAUUAAAGACCUCCAUCUUCCCAUCAACGGAACACGUAAGUCGCCCUCGAGUUUCCGUCUGGCCCCUAUGUUCGGGCUACAAAUCCACCAAGCUGACGUUCCUUAUUUAGUUGGCACCAACCGCGGCACCGCGUACAUCCUCUAUGAAACCGAAGCCGAUGCGGAGGAAGCCAUUGCCCACAUGCAUGAGGCACAGCUUGACGGCACCGUAAUCAACGUCUCUAUCGUUCUCCCUCGACGCAAGGUUUCCCCAGCACCUCCCCAGGCCCGUCGUGGCGGAGGCUUCGACCCCAGAGGCCCUCCCCCAGGAGGUCGUGGUGGUAGAGGCGGGGGAGGGCGAGGGGCUGGCUCUUUCGGCCACAACGGCCCUCGACGAGGCGCGUCGCCCCCGCCUGGUCGAUUCGGUCCCCGAUCAGACACAUACCGGCCUGGUUCGCCGUCGCGUUCUCCGACUCGAUCCCCUGGUGCCGCUCCGCCGUCCAGGGGUGGUGGAAGCAGAUAUAGAAGCCGUUCCAGAUCCUACUCCAGAUCUCCUUCACCACCCCCGAGACGUGGCGGCGGUGGUCGAGGUAACGACCGUAACCGCCGGAGAAGGAGCCCGAGCCGAGACAGCUACGAUAGCUACGACAGCCGUCGAUCCCGGUCUCCAAGCCAAUCCCGCGACCGUGGCGGUCGCGGAGGCGGCCGCGGAUACCGAUGA